AUGGAUGAGGGCGACGAAUAUGUACCGCAAAUGUCGCAGCUAGGCGAUUAUGGUGGAAUAGGUGGCAUGGGAAUGUCGCAAGGCCAGCCACCGUCCGUUCCCGGCUAUUCUUCAAUGAGCGGAGGUUUGACCCCGAUGAAUAAUCCAUACGAACAGCAAAUGAUGAUGAUGGGCCAGCCGUCACAACCUGUACAAAAACCUGCGCCAGCGUCGAAAAGUCGAUCUAAGAAGAAGCAAGAAAUGGAUCCCAUGCAAAGCAUGGCUGCCAUGUCAAAUAAUCCCAUGAUACGGCCAUCAAUGCAGCAGAUGGGAGGCAUGUAUCCGCCCCAGAGUGGACAAAUGAACAUGUACGGUGGAGCUGGCCCCCCUCAGCAAUCUCCACAUUUUCCUCCUCAAGGCGUUCCACCUGGUUAUCGACCACAAUAUGCUCCUCAGCCUGGGUAUCCCGGUAUGCAGCAACCGAUGUACACGGCGCAGCAGACUCAACAACAGCGGCCGAACGCGUACGCAGCCCCACAGCCAACAAGUGCUAACCAUUACGGAUAUGGAGCGCCGCCACAAAGUGGUUAUCCACCGCAACAGUACCCACCGCCUCAGAUGCGACCGCAGUAUCCUCAAGGGCAGCAAGCUGUUAGUUUUGAAUCUAUCUUUGAGCUUCCAUCUUCUUUUCAGCAAAUGUACCAUUUGGAGAUGGACAUGCGGGGAAUGCAACAAAGGCUGCAGCAUUUGUAUCAGCAGCAGCGAACUCCGAUGAUAGAGCAAGAAAUUCAGCAGGUUUAUUUUCAUUCCGUAAAUUGUUAG